AGCGCGGGCCAGGCUGGCCGCGAGUUUCCGACCGGGCUGCGGUGAGGACAUCCACGGACCGGAGGAUCUUGGUCUGCACCGGCUGCGUGUCCCAGCUUGGAACUUUUUAUCGCCUUCGGGUUCCAGAUGCGAGACUUGGGGCUGGUUUAUAAAUAUAUCUAUACAUAUGUGUGAUCUAAUAAAACAUUUUCUCCUCUCCUUGAAGCAGGAGCUUUUUAUGACAUCUCCUUUAUGUCAGAGACACUUGCCUUCUUUGGGUUAUAAACUUUUGAUGCCAGACCUCUGCAGAACGUGCCCAACUGAAUCUUAAAGUAGCAUCUUGAAGAGAGAGGCAGAAAAAGCGCAAUCUGUGACCUUCAUCCUUGCACCUUCCUUCUUUCUCUCCCUUCCCAGCUGUCUACCCCCUCCCCAGGGGAGCGUGGAGAAAGCUCUUUUUGGAUGCAGGAGGGGGCAUCUGGUUCUGCUAAGCUGGAAAGCUGAGGCAGGAAUUGAGGAAGAAUUAUUAGACUCCGGAGAGCCUGGACUCUUUGCUUCUCCUUCUUCCUCCUUUCUGCUCCUGGUGUGCUCUCUUUUCCUUUCUGCCCACACCACUUCCUGAAACCGGCUGGUGUGCGUGGCGGGGGACCAGGACUGUGCUGCUGUCGAGUUCUGGGAAGUUGUGUCUGUCAAGGAUGGGGGUCUGUGGGUACCUGUUCCUGCCCUGGAAGUGCCUCGUGGUCGUGUCUCUCAGGCUGCUGUUCCUUGUACCCACAGGAGUGCCCGUGCGCAGCGGAGAUGCCACCUUCCCCAAAGCUAUGGACAACGUGACGGUCCGGCAAGGGGAGAGCGCCACCCUCAGGUGUACCAUAGAUGAUCGGGUCACUCGGGUGGCCUGGCUAAACCGCAGCACAAUACUCUAUGCUGGCAAUGACAAGUGGUCCAUAGACCCUCGUGUGAUCAUCUUAGUCAACACACCGACCCAAUAUAGCAUCAUGAUCCAAAACGUGGAUGUGUAUGAUGAAGGUCCGUAUACCUGCUCUGUUCAGACAGACAAUCAUCCCAAAACUUCCCGGGUCCACCUCAUAGUGCAAGUUCCUCCUCAGAUCAUGAACAUAUCCUCAGACAUCACCGUGAAUGAGGGAAGCAGCGUGACCCUGCUGUGUCUUGCUAUUGGCAGACCAGAGCCAACUGUGACAUGGAGACACCUAUCAGUCAAGGAAGGCCAGGGCUUUGUGAGUGAGGAUGAGUACCUGGAGAUCUCUGACAUUAAGCGGGACCAGUCUGGGGAGUAUGAAUGCAGCGCCUUGAAUGAUGUUGCCGCACCCGAUGUGCGGAGAGUAAAAAUCACUGUAAACUACCCUCCCUAUAUCUCAAAAGCCAAGAAUACUGGUGUUUCGGUUGGCCAGAAGGGUAUCCUGAGCUGUGAAGCCUCUGCGGUCCCGAUGGCUGAAUUCCAGUGGUUCAAGGAAGACACCAGAUUAGCCACGGGCCUGGAUGGAGUGAGGAUUGAGAACAAAGGCCGCAUAUCCACUCUGACUUUCUUCAAUGUCUCAGAGAAAGAUUAUGGAAACUAUACUUGUGUUGCCACAAACAAGCUUGGGAAUACCAAUGCCAGCAUCACAUUGUAUGGGCCUGGAGCAGUCAUUGAUGGUGUAAACUCGGCCUCUAGAGCGCUGGCUUGUCUGUGGCUCUCAGGGACCCUCUUUGCCCACUUCUUCAUCAAGUUUUGAUAAGAAACCCUAGGUCCUCUGAGCAACGCCUGCUUCUCCAUAUCACAGACUUUAAUCUACACUGCGGAGGGCAAACCAGUUUGGGCUUCUUUUUGUUCACUUGUUUCUGUUCUUCUUCUUGAUAUAUUUUUGGUUUUUUGUUUUUCUUUUAAUUGUGAUUUUUUUUCCAGUUGGAAAGAGUGGGAUUGGGGGGAGGGGUGGGCAGGGUUCUACCAUGUGUAGGAUAAUCAUUUAUUGGUGUGUCCCAAAAUGGAAUCUGCUCCUGCAAUCUUGGCCCUUCCUUUUUGUCUGCUUCUCUUCCCAUAAUCAUUACAAGCAAGCAACUUUCAUGCACACAUACAUGCAGACACACACACACAAACACAUACCCCAAAACAUGAGUUUCAUGUGAGCAAAGAAAAUGUGCCUCAUAAACACCCUGAAGACACAACUUGAUUAAUAAUAUGAUACACAGUAAGAGUUAUAUCCAUGUGUCUUGUUACUUCUGUCUCUUGAGCAUUGAAUCAUUUUCUUGAUUAUAAUGUACAUAUCUUCCAUUCAAACGAUUGUCAAAUCUCAUUAGGGUCCAUAUCUUUUCUUUCUAGAGAGUUAUCUCACUAUAUCCAAAUAUGUGUAUUUGUGUAAGCCACACAUAUACACAAACAGACACACAUACAUAUUAAAUCUUGCCAACUUCUCUAAUCACUUUGCCCUAUUCAUUUUUCUACUAGCUGUGAGCAUUAGAAGCUAGGGGCUCCGCAUGCAACUAAAAACUAAACAUGUAGAAGUCAAGUGACCAAAAGAAAAACAACAACAACAAUUAAAAAAAUGGGGGAAGUAUAUUAAGGGGAGUACUUCUCUUUUAUAGCACAUAAAAAAUGAUCAAUAGAUGGCUGUUUAGGUUUUAUCAAGUGAUCUAUAAAAGUAAUCAUAUGGUUAUUCAUCUACCCAAUUGUCUGAUUUAUCUCUCCAUCCAAUUGUCUACCCACCUGUCUUUCUCUCUAGUGAUCUAUUUACUCUAUUUAUCAAUCUAUCAAUGUAAUUAUCUAACAUGUUUUUUUUAUUUCUCUCCCCACUACUAUCAGUUCAUCACCAUAUUAAUCUCUAAUCAUAUUGUGUCUAUUAUACUUUAUUUUGUCUCUCCUCUACCAUCAACAGACAUUGGCAUCUUCAAAAUUUCCUAUCAACUUAUCAUGUGAAAGCCAAUGAUCUCACAGGCUAACAACAUAGAAAAGCUGUACCCUGUGUCAUGGACUCUUUAGAAUGUGGAAACCCAUCCACCCAAAUUAAACCCUGUAAACAGAUGGACCAAAGUAGCAAUGUAAACCAGUCACUCACUAUUCCCAGGAGAGUCUAUAGUUGCUAAAACAUCUUCUUGGGAAGCAGAUCAGCUCUGGACAAACCUUGAUUAGUACUGCGUUUCCUCUUUCGUGCUCAAAGGAUUGUACUACCAACUUUCAUGCUUCUCUCAGCCUUUCCAGAAAGUGCAUAUCAGGAACUUACAAGACCUUCUUCAAGGCAGAUUUUCCUUAGGAGCAAGAACAUGAAGGAAAACACACAUCUGUGUCUGCAAUGUAAAGUCAGCAGUCCAUUCUCCAAAGUGGACUACUUCUAAGUGUUUCCUUUCUGUCCCAGUUCUGGUUUGAUCUGUUUGAAAACCAUCCAGUAAAAAGCUUAUGGAGGCCAAUUACAUGGCGGGUGUGUUGAAAACUCUGGUAUUUGUUUCAGGAAGCUCUUCUGAGCUGAGGGCACUUGAGCAACUGACUUAAUUUCUAAGUACUUGAUUAACACAACACUGCAAACAGAAGGGGGAAAGUGUAAGUGACACAGUUUUCUCAGAUACAGGCUGCUUCUCUAAUGGCUUUGGGAAGGAUGUCCCCAGCUUCCUGUGUUCCAAUAGACCUAGCAUAUAAAGAAGAGUGGACCAGAUCUUUCCGCAUUCUCCUGAAACAAGAAGGACUCAGCCAACAAGGGAGCCUGAGAUUCAAAAAAAAAAAAAAAAACAGCAUUGAAAACCACAUGAGGGCAUGAGAAAGAGGGGAUGCUUUUCUAUGCAUCAACAAUGACUUUCUUACAGACCUGCCCUGCCUCAGUUGGAAAUCUUUUCCAGGCCUACAUUAUAGAGAAUAAAUAUGAACUCUGUAAUAGAGUUCCAUUCCCUUAGUGCUUAAUUGAUCUCUUCCUCCAACGUAAGUGCCCUCUUUGUGUUUUUCUGCUAUGGCAACAUGAAUAUGACACCCAGAGUGGGGAAAUAUAUGUACAAUUGAAGAUUGCCUUGGCAUAUGGAAAGCUAGGCACUGUCAUAAGAAGUAGAGCUAAUGGGAACAAAAUUAAUAUUGCAUUUGCCAGUUGUCAACAGGCAUCUUUUUUUCCUAGUGCGCUACUAGGAACCAGGUUCUGGGAAUAUAAGUGAUGUGCCAAAAAGAGCCUAUUGAUUACAACUUCCAGAGACAAUCAUGAGCUGGCACAAACUCAGAAUUAAGGUCAGGCAUGGACGUUUCAUAUCUAUUCCCACACUCAGCAUCUGGAAUUGGGUUGUGUCAGACAUUUUAUGAGAAAUAAAUGUGUCAUUUGAGUGUUCUAUUGGUACUAAAUUGUUACUUUGGAGUAAAAUAAAUGUGAAGGCUUUGGGGAGUGGAUGGUGUUGGAGAACAUGGUGCUUGGAAUGGACAACCUGUACCUGUUCCUCACUCUAAGAACUGUUAUGUUGCAAGGGGUCCAUCCUCUGGCCAAGUAGAUCAUUGUAUGCUUUCAAACCCAACAAUACUGGGCUUAAGGUCACCAUGGAACUCUGCUCUGUCUUGUUCCACUGGAUAUUAGGAAACAUCUCUGAUGGAUACCUAUUCCAGCCAUGUUUCAGAGUGAAAAGUAUGCUAAGUCCAAUCCUCUUCUUUCUAAAAUACAGAAAACCAAGAACAUAAGACCCAAGGCAACUGGGAUACUGGAAGUGAAAUGACUUUUCAUUUCAGUGGACAUAUUCCAGCUUCUGUAUUAUUUGAAUCACUUAGGUCGGAAUGGCUCCAUGGGAUGAGAGCUGUUGCCCAAUAUCUUGAAGUAUAUAGUAAAUGUUUACUAAAGAUGGCAU